UUUCCAUGUGAUUAUACACUAAAUAAAACAUACUUAUUAAUAUUAAAUUCCAUUUUGGCCAGUUGAUCCCCUUUAAAUGUUACUCACUGUUCCUUUUAAUAAGCAACUUUGAUAUCAUGCUAAACUUUUUCAACUCAAAAAGGCCACAACAACUGUUCAACUUUAUUUUCUACUGUCAGUGUGAUGACAAUAGUUUGGCUGUGUUUGUCUCUCUGUGUGUGACAAACUGCUGUGAAGUGGUGCUAUAGCAACAAUUUGUUUUUGUUUGGCCCAGCAGCUUUGGUUAUGCAUCUGUUUGAACAGAAACCACCGCACAGUCUCACAGUUCUGAAGAGCUUUUUACCCUUUUUAUGACACGAGUGGCAGUGAGUCAGACUUCACUUUCACAUGCACUGUAUUUAGUUUUUUAUUUAUUCAUGUUACUCCAUUUUGAUUUGAUCUUUCUAUACAAAUAGACUUAGUCUACAGCCUACAAUAAGAUGACUUUAUGAAACAAACUGUAGCGCUAUUUGAACAAAGAAUAACUCCUUUGAACUAAUAGAUGUCUGUUCUGCAUUAUUUCUGUGAAGGAUUACAGUAGAUUCUUGCAGAAUCUUAAAUAAUACAAGACGCAGGACGGCUGUACUGAUGGGCUCAGUAAACAAACAAGCGACUCAGCUCAGUGUACACAGACCAGACUCACAGAUGAUGACAAGGACGUGAUUCUCCAUUAUUCCGAGGGAUCCAUCCAUUUGAGUCCCAGCUGACGCCAAAGGAGAGAUUAUGAAGACGAGCUGUGUCACCCCGCAUUGCAGCCCAACGAGAUAUGAAUUCACACGGGUCCCCUGCUAAUCACCAUGAUGACCAUAAAGCUGUGACUGGCAUUGUGAAGCCUUCACCCCCUUUUUUCAGCACCCAACCCUCUCAGACCCUUCUCCUCUUUGGAGAUCCUUCCUACAGCGCCCCGUGUUGCUUCCCUUUCUCCUGCAAACACAACCUCCUCUUCUGCCUGUCCCGACGUUUUUCUCCUUAAUAAUUACAGCUUCCCCUCUUUCUAAGUUCCUUUUUCAACGGGCAUCAUGCAGGGUGCUUCUACCACCUCCGCUCUCCUUUUUCUUAUUCUCCCCUCCCUGCUAUUCUUCUCCUACUUCCCCGGCAUGGUAAAUGGGGACUGCUGGCUCAUUGAGGGGGACAAAGGCUAUGUGUGGCUGGCUAUCUGCAGUCAGAACCAGCCGCCGUACGAGACGAUCCCCCAGCACAUCAACAACACCGUCCACGACUUGAGGUUGAAUGAGAACAAGCUGAAGGCUGUGCUCUUCAGCUCCAUGUAUCGCUUCACCAACCUGACGGACCUCAACCUCACCAAGAACGAAAUCAGCUAUGUCGAGGAUGGAGCCUUUGCAGGACAAGCCAACCUACAGGUUCUCCAGCUCGGCUACAACAAGUUGAUGAACUUGACUGAGGGUAUGAUGAGAGGGCUCGGCCGCAUGCAAUGCCUCUUCCUCCAGCACAACCUCAUCGAGGUCAUUUCCAGCAAUGCAUUCUGGGAGUGCCCCAGCCUCAGCAGCAUCGACCUGUCGUCCAACAAACUCGGCCGCAUCGAUCCGUCCACUUUCCAGGUUCUCAGUCGGCUGAUGGUGUGUGAACUGGCGGCGAAUCCGUUCCACUGCGGCUGCGAUCUUUACAGCUUCAUCGCCUGGUUGGAGUCCUUCAACAAUGUGACGCACACCUACGACCGCCUCCAGUGUGAGACGCCGCGGGAGAUGUUUGGCUACCCGUUGCUUAUCGCUGCUGGUCACGCCGGUCGGAACGCCAAAAGCAUUUUGUACCAUCACUGCCGAGAUGGAGUGAUGAUGCCAGGAAUAACCUCCCUCCCGCCAGAUCUGGACGGUCCCUCAGGGAUCGGACCGGAGAUGUUUGGGCCGUACCACCAGCCCACCACCUCCUCCUCAUCCACUGAGCACAGCUUCAUUCCCAGCAUCAAGCUCCAUCACGUCUCUUUGUCCUCAGCCUCUCUCCUUGUGCAGAUCCCAAGGCCCUACAGCAAGAUGUAUAUUCUAACACAAUACAACCACACGUUUGUGUCUGAUGUCAUGAAUCUGAAGAACAAGAAGGAGAUGAUCACCCUCAACAAGCUCAAGCCGCACACCAAUUACACCUUCUGCGUAGCAUCCAUCCGUAACUCUCAACGUUACAACCACACCUGCCUCCAGUUUGCCACUCGGGCUCAAGACCAAGACGACAUGCUCCCCACACCUUCCACCACUAGUCACUACAUAAUGACCAUCGUGGGCUGCCUUUUCGGCAUGCUCAUUGUGUUAGGCAUUGUCUACUAUUGUCUACGCAAGAAACGGAUGCACGAUGAGAAGAGGAAGUCCAUCUGCGUCAAGAAAACUAUACUGGAAAUGCGCUAUGGACCGGAGGUGGCGGCAGCGGUGGCGAAUGAUCCGAUGGCGGUCCACAAACUUCAGGAGCAGUCCAGAGAGCAUCACCAGUAUCAGCACCACCACGGAGGAAAACUUCCCAUGUCCGCAUCCUCGAGCUUGGGAAUGCUCCACUCGGCCAACACCAGUUCCUCCAGGCUUUCCUCUAUCCCACAAGUGGAAAAGAUGGCCACCGCCUUUUCAGAGGCCAUGUCUACGAGUAAAGGAAACUACAUGGAUGUCAGAACUGGAGGGGCAGGGAUGGAGAGGAUGGGAGAUGGUGGGCUAGGAGGGAUGGACUUAAGGGACGACGAUGGGACCGAUGUCGGGGAUGACUCCGAUGAUGACGGACACGGCUCCGCGUCAGAGAUUUCCACCAUCGCCAUGGAGGUGGACAAGGUUAACCAGAUCAUUAACAACUGCAUUGAUGCGCUGAAACUGGAUGCAGCAGCAGUUGCUGCUUCAGGGGCCUCUAAUAACCCUACAUCCUGCUCCAAUCCCACCUCCCCUCCCCCUACCAGCGCGUCCGCCCUUACUCGUGGCCUAAUCCCACUCUCCCCAGGGGUGACGGAGACAUGCCAAAUCAUGGCUCCCAACAAAAUACCCCCUCCGCCUCCACUCCCUGCCUUGAACACCCCUCUCUCUGAGCGCCCGGGGAUCAGUGGUGGUGGCUUCGUCAUCUCUCCCCCCUACAGGCCCCCUCCGCCAGCCACCGCCGUACGUCCCAUCCAGCGGCAGAUGAGUGCUGACGCGGCUGUGGUUAUUGUAAAUGCUGUCAAGAAACAGUGCAGCACCACCUCUUGCGGCUCCAUGGGUCGGGACAGGGAUCGCGGAGGAGCGAGAGUGUAUAGCCUGGAUGUUCCUGAGCCACGGAGCCCAGAUGGCUGUAAUCAACAACAGCAGCAGCAGUACCCAGACCGGGCCAGUCCCGUGGGCUGUGGGGAGCCCCUAGAGAGGCUGCCUUUAGUGGGGAGUGGGAGCUGCGGUGGAGGGGGUGGUGGUGGUUGCGACAGUGGUGGUGUUGGUGCCCAACAUCAGGACAGCCAGAAGCAGCACCAUUACCAUCAACAGCAACAAAUGCAACAGCAGCAGCAGCAGCAGCAGCAGCAGCAGCAGCAGCAGCUGGAGGUGCAGCAGGACUACCACUGCUCGGAGCACCGCCACUCCGUCCCAGCUCUGUAUUAUGAAGGCUCCCACCAAGGCUCCCCUGCCCAGAGGGUUUCCUUCCUGAAGCCCCUGACGCGCUCCCGCAGGGAUGCAGCCUCUUACUCCCAGCUUUCGCCUGCCCGCCACCAUUCCAGUUACUCCGGCUACUCCUCCAGCCCAGAGUACUCCUCGGAGAGCUCACUGCGGAUCUGGGAGCGCUUUCGUCCCUACCGGAAAGGCCAGCGCGACGAGGCGUGUUAUGUGACGGCCGGGAACGCCCUUAGAAAAAAGGUGCAGUUCGCUAAAGGCGAGGACCUGCAUGACAUCCUUGAUUACUGGAAGGGGGUGUCAGCACAGCAGAAGCUGUGACUCGGGGACCAGGCAAGGGCAUUGUGGGAAGAAGAGUUUUGAAGACUUUCUUUUCCUGAUUGGCCCGUGGGCCAGAGAAACGAUUUGAAGAUCACGGGGAGAAAAAUGUAGGACAAAAUUUUGCCUUUGGGUUUUGUUUUUAGUUUUUUUUGGCAUGCUAGGUGUAUAGAAUAUUGUGCUAAAGCGAGGACUGUGAAACUGUGCCUGGGAUAUGAGAGUCAUUAUGGUGUUUUAUUUUACACGUCAUUGUAGCAUCAUUUCUGGAUCAUUCUCAUUUAGUGUUUUAUUUAUAGCACAGGGAUCAAAUGCCAACCGUGUAAUUUAGUACUGUUCGAGUUGAUCAUGUUUUGUGAUCAUAUGGACUGUUUUUAUCAGUGCCAUGUUUUCAUCUAUGGGUAAUCACAGGAGGCAAAUGUGUGAUCCAAGAUGUUUGCUGUUUGGUGUUGGGUGCCGUGUCAAUUUGCAGUGAAGUGAAGGGAGACUAUGACGGACGGGGAUCUGUGACAACACAGACCUUAUCUCUCUUCCAUGAUAUCAUUCACGCAGCUGAGGUAUUUGCAUGUCAAUAGCCUCUGUCACACAGACCGAAAGGAGAAAUUGGAAAGAAAUGAACAAAUGAGAAAACGGUCAAGUGGGCUUGAAGGUCACGAGAGAGAGAGAGAUUAAAGUGGCCGUAAAUAUUGCUGUGAUUGCACCCUGAUCUUUCCAAACUAACAUUCGUGCAUGGUUCAGUGAGUGAAGAACGUUAUCCCAUAGAUGUCCAAGUAAUGAUCAGAAUUGUGAGCGUAAUUUGAGUACAGAGGGCAAAUUAAUGUUCCCUUGGUGAAGGCAAUUAGAUGCUACUUACCUGCACAAAAGGGGAAAUUUAAUGUGCAAGAUGAGCCCUCACAAUCCCCCUUACAAAAAGGCAUGAGAGAUGUGACAAGACACCAAGAGAAAUUGAAAGCGUUAGAAGAAGAAAUAAGGGAAGAGGAUAUAAAUCUGUUUUUUCUGCAGCCACUGUGAAUGUAAGUAGAUUACAAGCAGGUUACGGUGAAAUCUAUUUGCGUCAUUCAAUGUGAGCACCACAGUACAUUCCUAAAUCCUUUCUCUUAACAUUAAAAACGGGACGAGGCACAGAGAGGGAAAGGACACUUCUAAUUACUGCCAACAUGUCUGUUCUGCUCUGGAAAUUAAUGCUGUUGUUGUCUAUUGAUAACUUAAUUAGCCGACUUGUGACGGGCAUGUUCGCUUGCACUUUACGCCUCAUGAUUGUUGUGUGGCUGUGUGGUACACAGUGGUCAGUGUAAGUGGGUGUUGGCAUGCCUUGUCAGAUUAUAUUUGUAUGUGCCCAAAAUUGACUUUUAAUUAUGAAUAGUUGUCAUAUCUUUCCCAUUGGCUGGUUGUUUGAGUCUAAAACAAUACUAGAUUAUUAAUGGCAUGGACAAAAAUGUACAAAUAUCAACGAUGUUCAUUGUGUUUUCCCAGACAUGCAUCACAUGAUGUACCACAGUAGUGCAGUGCCUCUUGCUAACACAGCCAUAAUCUAAUCCCCAUUCUUGUAUAGUAUUAUCCGUCCACCUGGCCUUUUCUAUUGAAAUGAUUUUCCUAAAUGAAAGUGUCGUGGCAUUCUGACAAAAGGCAUCCUGCUUACACAAAGUGCUGUGUAGCCUUUGAAUUUUUUUUUUGCAUCAUCAGCUAUAACAUACACAAUCUGAGACACCCCUACCCUUAAAAUGUGAAAACUGAAUCAGUGGUCCUUGCUCCACAUUUUUUUUUUUUUUGUUCAGGGCUAUAUAUUGGAGAGAAAAGAAGUUCUAGUGACAAGUUCAAUUUUAGGAACAUUUCUAUCUCUCUUUUGAUCCUCUCUUCUUUACUGUGGAUGAUGUUCAUUUUGCCCACUACCUUCCCAGCUCCCACAGGUCCAAUGGGUUACGGGUUUGGCAUGAGACGUGAACAUGUCCUGUCAUGUUUUAUUAAAUGAGAAAAGUGAGAAAUUGCCUUUCUCGCCAACCCAGUCUCAUUCCCAUACAACUAAACUGCAUUCUCAAUUAUGUUUUGAGGGAAACGUUACUUCUCCCGGAUCACGGUCGCAGUUCUAAACAGUUUUUAUCACGUGGUUAACGUUGUAAAUUGAAACAAAACUAAAUAUGCAACAAAACUACAUGGUUAGAUUUAAAGGGACUGUUUGUAACUUUCUAAGCGUAUAAAUGUACCGG